AUGGCUGGUCCCACUCCCUCUUCUUCGACGGCCCCCCGUUUCCGGAGCUCUCUCUGGUUCCCUCUGGAUUACGGGACCCUUCCGCCGAGAAUCCAGCCUCGGAAUACGGCUUGGCAACUCUACGUCGCGCAUCGAGCAGUACGCGUCGCCACGGCUCUUGGCAACGGCGACUACGCCGUGUCACCCAACGCCGACUUCGUGCCUCCCUCGCCCCCUAACCAACUGGAGCGAGAAGAUAUAUUCUCGGAUGGUCGCCGGGGCGCCUUCGAGCCUGGCUACCAUCCUCAAUGGUGGAACGCUGCCCAAGGGCACUGGCCUUUUAUGUACGAAGUCCCUAGCGGAGAGGAAGGCGCGGACCCCGCGUACGUCACGCUGGAAUUAGGAGGAAAGGAGAAGAGAGGAACCUUUCUGGUUAUUAACCGUCAGACCGGAAAGGGGUCCCCUAUGGACGACUUCACCCGCGCUCUUCAGGACCUGUACGAAGCCGAGGUCGGGCGCGCUGAGUCCUUCCUCCAUCGGGACCACAACCCUCCCUCGUCCCUUGUGCUCCGCCCCGCUGUCAUCCGAGACAAAGUAUACCGGCUCCCCGUCGAACUGACCGACCUCUACACAGCGCGGAAGAAUGUAGCAGUAAUACAGCACCACCUCCUGGAACUACGAUCCUACUCCUACCGCGCCUACCUACAAGAGUCCUUGGAUAGUGGGCGAAUGUCGAUUCCCUGCACUGGAACGACGGGGGUAGGAUGCUGGAUUCGGGAAGGGGACGACGAGCUCCUCAAACGGCUUGCCUGGUUCGGCGUCCGCGUUUGGUACGUCCGCAGAUCGCCGACGCCCUCGCCUAGCGUCCUGCGACCCGUGCAAGGAUUCGACGUCCGCUUAUCUCUGGAAGGGUGGGAUGACGAGGUCGACGCUCCCAAACAGAAGAUCGGGAAGAAGAAGAGGAAGUACCUGGAGGAACUCGAGGCGGAACUGCGAGCCGAGGAAGACUCGGACUUCGACUGGGACGAUCCUAGCGACGGACCUCUCCCUAUCAACCAGUUCCGCGCCGGUCCCUCCAAACCCCUGGGAACUCCCGCAGCUAACCCUACAGCGGUCUCUCCAGCCAACGUAAUGUCCGCUUUCCCGGACCCUGAGGAAGAAGGAUGGAACAAUAGCCCUGCCAUUGAGCAGAUGGCCCCCUCGUCUCCCAUCCGACGUUCACCUUCGCCCAGACGGUCCGAACCCCGAACGCCUCCGCGGCGAGCGGACACGCCUAUGGUCAUCUCGCCGGAAUCAUUAGUACAGCCGGCCGAGGUCCGCGUGGACGCUCGAAGAUCCGAUCGCACCCUCCCAGCCUUGAGGCAAGAGAAAGGCAAAGGUCGAGCGAUCUCGCCCCCUCGCCGAUCUCUUUCCCCUCGUCACCGCCGCGGACGCUCCCCGUCUUCAUCCCGUCACCAUCGUCGCUCGCCCCCGCCGGACCGCCGUCGCCUUCGUUCCCCUUCCCCGACGCACCGCUUCCCUCGUCGCGCUUCUCGCUCCCGCUCCCCGCGACGGAGUCGAUUCGACGAACGACGCAACGAUCGUCAGUCGCCCCCGGGUAGACGGAACCCGUCAGAGCGAUACGAACCCAGGAGACCCCACCGCGUCUCAUCACCUCCUAGGCGCGAGUACAGCGACGUUCCACGACCGGCUCCGGGAGACUACCCUCGCAGAGUACUCGCUAAGCGGCAAGGAUCGAGCCCCGCGCCCCGAGGACGUUCGCGAAGUCCCGUAUCGUCGACUGGAGGACCAUCCGUCCAACAAAGUGGGAGCCCUCCCCAGCCGCCAAUGCCAACGCCUCGCACGGAAGGCCAACCGUCAGGAAUGCGCCCUACUCUACAGAGCAGGCUGGCACCGGCAUCGGAGGUACCGCCCACAACGAAGCGAACUCUAGCGGAGCGCAUCCAGCCCGCAAGCCUGCUCUCACGAAUGGCAGCAGCUCCAAGUCCCGCAGCCGGAGAGGACGCCAGCGGCAGCAAUCAGCCUGCGGGACAAUCGCUCCUCGACCGCUUGACGCUGCCCCUUGAGAGUCGAUUGUCCGACGUGCCAGUCCCUCACCCUCUCGCAACGGUCCCACCACCCCCACCCCCUGCCGCCCUGCACGUCGUCACACUAACUUCCGGAGUUCCCCUGCGAACACGAGUGCCGGUGUUCUCUGCCGCUGAAGUGGACGACUACGUCCAUCGCCCCUUCGAGAGAAGCGAGGACACCGCGACCUUUCGUCAAACUUGGGAGAAUGCGCUGGGUCCUGCUCCCAGCUACCCUCCGGAACCUAAGCGUCCCAUGCCCUCCCCGCAAAUCCUCUUGGCGGACGGCGACGAAGGGUACAUCGCGACUCUCAUCUGGUUGCACACGCAGCACGAGUACACAGAGAGGUUGAAGCGCGACCCGGCGACCUGGCCCGCCCUUAUCCACAAGCAGUGGAAGUCCCGCCUUCGAGCAAACCCGGAAUUGGUAAAGGCGACCAAGGACAUCGCGGCGCAUCCCCUCCCUGACGGAGUCAUCUCGCCACUGCGCAAUCCUCAGGGCGACGAGAAAGCGAACGUGGUCUGGGAGCUACGCACGUUCCAUUUCCGAUACAACUUCGAACGGUUAGCCGCUCACUCGCUACCCGGCCUCAAGGCGGCCUCCUCCGAAUCGGCCAAAGGAGCGAUAUGGGCGAGUACGCGCGAUCGUAUACGCCGGACUUGGGGCCAGGGCACCUCGCACUAUCCGUCUGCGCAGGAAGCGCGUUAUCUCGACAGCGACGACGACCUUGUGAGACUUCGCCAUUGGUUCGCGAUCGCGCGACUAAUGCUCGAAUGGGAUCUACGUUCCGACGUGGCUGCAGACUUACAGCUCGCGAUGGGGGGCUCUGUUACGGACGCGGUGGAGCGCAUCAAGGCCGCGUACACCACCACUUACAAAAUGGCAUUCAAGAAUCGCGACCCGCACGUCUUCUGCUCACGUACAUAA